AUGCCACUGUGGGUGUUAGACAUUUUUUAUGAUAUUGGAAGUCUGGAUGCAUCUGUGCAAGAUGGGCAUACUGCUGAUGUCUUGGCUGCUUGUACUCAGAAUCAGGCAGGAUGUGGCUUAGACAGCUCUAGACUCAUUGUCUCAGCAGUCAGUGAGCCUUCUACUUCUCAGGGUCAGGAUCUGCAGGCUAGUGCAGCUAUUGUGGAUCCCAGAAUUGACUAUUCAUUAACAACGGGUGAUGCUAAGCAGUACAGGAAUUUCAAAGAGACAACAGUUUGUGAUGAUUCAACAAAAUGUGAUAAACCCAUUGCUAGGAAACAGUUCUGUCAAUAUGAAUCUGGUUUCUUUCAUCGUGGAUCUGAAGAAGACGUUGUCACCAAAGACAAUUUUAAGUUUGAUGAGUGUUUGCCAUUCGAGUCCUCUGAAGAGUUGCCAUCUUCAAAACUAGUGGACAAGGGUCUUGAGAAAGGUGUAAAGCAUGAAACGGCCUCUACUUUAGAGUCGUCUUGCACAAGUGAAGGUGUUAGAAGCAAGGAUGCAUGUAGUAGAUCAAUGACAAAAGGACAUAGGCUGGUGUCGGAUCCAACAAAUGUGCCUGCUACACUACUGCAGGGUGGAGAUGGCAAAGGAACUUGCUCUGAGCCUCUCUCCACUACUGAAUCAUCUCUGCCUGUGGAUGGCUUAGCGCAGAGUUUGCAAUCUAUUAUACGCCAGAAUCAGGCGGAAAUGCAGACAAUGAAAGAGGAAACUGUUGCUUUGCGCCAACAGAAUUGUGAAAAGAAUUGCCAGCUGAAGGCUCAAGAGCAGGAAGUUGAUGAUCUGCGGCAACAGAAUUGUCAAAAGGAUGAUCUAUUACGAAAACAAGAGCAGGAAGUUGAUGAUCUGCGGCAACAGAAUUGUCAAAAGGAUGAUCUAUUACGAAAACAAGAGCAGAAAAUUGGUGAUUUGUGCCAACAGAAUUCCCAAAAAGAUUGCCAACUAAAGGCUCAAGACCAGGAAAUUUGUGACUUGACCCAAAUGGUGGACCAACUGAAAACUCAGUUGCAGACACAAGGAGAAGAGGAACACAGAAAAGCGAGGCAACUGGAAGCAAUGAAGGCACUACCGUCAGUAUCUGGUGAGAGAGUGUUGGCUAAGCGUUCUAAGAGAACUUCUACCAGGAGGAGAGCUAUUUAUCAGCAAUCAGGUGUUGGAGAAUACUCACACCCUUUUAUGCGUUUUCAUCAGACAGGUUUUUGGAUGCGUCACUCAAGGCCUAACAACAGUUCUUUGCACAUAAUAUAUCCCACACUUUCAUCUGUGAAACGUUCUUGGAGUUUUGAUACCAAAAUUUCUGCUGGCAUUCAAGAAACAGCUGGGAACAAAUCUGUGGAUCUUGAUGUUUCCACAAUUUGCACCUCAACAAAUCAUUCGAUGUCAUUCGAUGACUGUUGUAAUGGCGUACUGGUUUCUAAUGGAAUGUCUCAAGGCAUUGCUCUUUUUGACCAACUGGAUUGUGAAACUCUGGUAGUAAACGAUAGCAACCACUGGUUUUCAAUACCACCUAUAGUUGAAGAUCAAGUUCUUGGAGGAUGUCUUGAAGAAGGGACUCAUAUAACAAAAUGCAGUACAAAGACAAACAACAGUUUGCAAAUCUUAUCUGAGCAAGGAUCUAUUGGACUUGAAACGUGCUCCGAGUUCAGCGCAGCCGGCAUGACUUCUGCAGAAUGUGGACCCAUUCAGCAGGAGACUGUCACUGGUUGUCUUUUUAUGAAAGACAUUUCUACUAGUACCUUGGCAUUUGGACGAGAUGUUUUGAACAAUUUAAAUCCUCCAUUUGAUUUGAAGAAAAUAAGUUGGAAUAUACCACUGAAGUACAAGAAGAUUGACAAUUGUACAUGGUUGCACGAUCAUGACAGAAUUGUUGACUGGACCGAUGAUGACGAUGCUGCUGCUGCUGCUGCUGCUGAUGAUGAUGAUGAUGAUGAUGAUGAUGAUGAUGAUGAUGAUGAUGAUGAUUGGCAUGCUGGAGAUCCUGGGUGACAAUUUUCUUGAAUUUGGAACGGGCAUUGGUGUAUGUUGCACGUACUGAGGCUCUUGCAUUUAGUUUCUGUAUCUCAUUAGAUCGCACGCUGCUAUUUCAUGUGGAUUCACUGUUUUCUACUGUCAAUGUGUAAUUAUGUCAAUGUACUAAAAGCUUGUGAUAACUAGGGUUGUUGUUGUUGUAGUUGUAGUAGUAGUAGUAGUAGUAGUAGUAGUAGUACCUAUAGAAGAGCAUAGUUUUCUUCUGACAAAAUCUGAGUUUCACGACGCA